GCUCCCGGUGGCCAAUGAGUGACGCCUGAGGGAGGCUCGCGCUGCCAGAGGUUGCCUCCAUUCGCAUCCAUGGCGUCUGUGGCGGUGGUGAUGAGUUGCGAAGUUGGCGAGGCGAUGGUUGCCGCCGGCGCCGCCGGGCUGGAGCAGAAGAAGUUCGAGUACUUUUCCUCCAUCAGCCCCAUGGCCCGGCGGAUCAUGCUGGAGAGGCAGAAAAUCCGCGAGAAGUACGGGCCGCGCUGGGAAAGGCUGGAGCCCAGGCAGCAGGAGGAGAUCAUUGACAACUGGCUAGUAGAUCCCCAGAUCCGCAGCCGGUACAACCUGCACCGCAGCCAGAGAGAGGAGACGGUCUGUUACCCCAGGCUGCAGCUCCAGACCGGCCAGAAGGUUGUACACUUCGGAGAGGAGGAUAUUACAUGGCAAGAUGAACACUCAGCUCCAUUCUCCUGGGAAACGAAGAGUCAGAUGGAAUUCAACUUUGCCUCCACGGCUGCUUCUGAACAAGGGGUUUCUGCCCAAAGUGAACAACGCCAGCCAGUCAAGACAUCCCAAGGAAAUCACCAACUUAAAGCAUCCCAGGGAGGGCAGCCAAUCAAACCAUCACAAAAUGGAAAGACACCAAGCAUGGAUGGUCUUGCACAAGCCAGAAAGGAAGAGUCGUCGUCCUUCUGGAAACUGAGUACUGAAAGAUCCAGGCUGGAGGGUGAACAGUCUGAUUACCAGUGUGUAACCCCAAGUCAGAUCAAGUCAAUGGAGAAAGGAGAAAAGCCACUUCCCUCCUACUUGAGACAAGAAUCACUGUCAAAGGAGAAAGAUGAAAAUAAAUCUGAGAAACCUUGGAUGAAGAAGCAGGAACGAAUAAUUAACACCAGUGUCUCAUCUGUGUUUAUUGAUUUGGACAGGCCUCGAACAAGCCAGCCUUCAGUAAGCGUACUUGAUGAUGUUUUCACUCGUGGCCAUCCUGAGAAAUCUCCAGAUAAAAAGCUUGUUUCAAAGGAAUCUGAAGAUGAAGAACGAGAUGAUUCCUGUGCAUCUGAUGCACCCUUUUUCUCACAGAUUAAUACGAGUAGUUCUAUUCUAAAGACUGGAUUUGAUUUCCUGGAUAAUUGGUAAUUUCUCCUGCUUCCUUCACAACCCAAAAACCCACUUUUUGGCCAAUUAUUAUGAAAGUAACAUUUGUUAAAAGUUCUGGAGUAGAGGUGGAUGAAAGUGAAAAUAUUACUCAACUGAAUCCUCAGCAGUUAUUCUUCUAGUCAACCAAUUAAGAUAACAUUGCAGUUAGUAGUAUAUAUGUUAUGUUUAAAUUUGUUUUCUGUAUGUGAAAAUGAAUCCCUUGAAAUUAUUAACUGGGUAUGCAAACAUUGAAUUGAGUUAAUUUACCCUUUAAAAUGCUCCACGGUGAGAUUCAAGUGUAUAUUUCAAGCCAGGAUUCCUGCUUCUGCUCAUCAUUCCAUGGACAUCCAGUGGAGAUAGGAUUGGUUCUCUUGAUCAAUAUUUGAAGAACUGUAACUUUAUAAAGCAAAGAUCAGCAGAGGAAGGGAAGGAAAAUAAGUGGAAAAUCUUGAUACCAUACAGUGUUGAAUAUGCAAGUACAGAAGCUAAGGGCAAGUAAAACCCAGCAGGUGUAAAGUUGCUAUCUUCCAAAUUGAUGAAUACAAGGUUGCUCAAGAUCAGUUUUUAUAUUUAUGCAUGCACACAUUAUGUAAAAAUAAAUUCUAAAUAUCAGUUGUCUUAGAGGAUUCCAAAGUAAGGAAAAGUAUCCAUGGUGCUAAGAAGUGAAUUAGUGGCAAGUUGCAUGUACAAGGAACGACUGUACUGAAGGUCAGGUGAUCAGAACUACAUUUUCAUGUAAAAUUUGCUGUGAAAACAAAGUGAAAUAGCCCCACUUAGACUGACUAUUCAAACAUUGGCUACAAUGACAUUUUACAGAAAGUAACAUGUUAGUUCAUCCAAUGUAAAUGAGUGAAAACUCAAGUUGAAAAUCACUUUAUAACAGCAAGGGGGAUUCAUUGCAUAAAAGACCGUAUGUAUUACAAAGUAACAUUCCAGAGUUGUUUUAACUUUUGAAAUGAAUAUAAAGUAAAUUCCUUAGCUUAGGAAGAAAACGUUCUUGAAUCAUCUUGCUUGGGGACAUAUUAAUGAAUGCCACAAGCACUUAAAUCUACUCUAAAGCAAUAAAAUCCUUAAGAAAAUUUUGCUUGUUAUUUCUGCAUUACAUCUGCUGGAAUUAUAAAAGUGUUCAGUAGAACUGCAGAUUCAGACAACAGCUAGCCACUUUAAAUACUUUCAUGUGUGUGACAACAAUUAACCUCAAUUAUAAAUAGUGAUUAAGAUAAUUUAAAAUGUUGAGGCUGUUGAGUGUAACUAAUACAUCAUAUUCAAGUAGAGAGCUUACUUGUCCUGACAUUUAGGUUGUAAAUGCUGUUGAUAUGUCUGUCUUGCAUCGUAGAGGAUUCUUGUCUUCCACAGGCCUUUUCUAUAAUAUUGCCUAUCCAAUCAGCUGUGCCAACGUGUAUAAAAGUGUAGCUAUCAAAUGGCUUAAUGUUUUUACUGAAAUGUAUUAAGUGCUGAUAAAUUUUUGAAAUACCCA